AUGCAUGUCGUGACACUCGCGUUCACACUGCUUUUCCACCAGGCGUGGGCCCAAGCCCGGGCGCCGAUGCUGCGGUUCAGCUGCUCGCAGCUGGUGACCGACCGCAUCGAUCCGCUGGUCAACCCAGGCGCCAUCCCGUCGCCACACCUGCACCAGAUUGUAGGCGGCAACUCGUUCAACGCGACUAUGGACCCGUCGACGCACGAUCUGCCGACCGCGUCGACGUGUACGAGCUGCACAUUUUCCGAGGACUUUUCCAACUACUGGACCGCCGUCCUUUACUUCAAGGCUCGCAACGGCACGUUGCGACGGGUGCCGCAGUUUCCCAACGUCGGCCUCGGAGGCAAUGGCGGCAUCACGGUGUACUACAUCCCGCCGUACGACGGCAAGACGAGAGUGACGGCGUUCAAGCCCGGGUUCCGCAUGCUCGUCGGGGACGCGUCGCUGCGCAAGCGGGGAAAAGACCGCAAGGUGUGCCACCGGUGCAUGAUUGCCGACGGCGACCGCAACAACAUCGAGUGCUCGUCGCCGGACACGGAGUCGCUACCGAAGGAGCCGUGCCCAGGCGGCAUCCGGACGGUGAUUACGUUCCCGACGUGCUGGGACGGCGUCAGCACAGACAGCCCGGACCACGAAAGCCAUGUGGCUUACCCGCCCAAAGGGACGUUUGACAACAAUGCGGCGUGUCCGUCGACGCACCCGGUCCACAUUCCGCAGGUGAUGUAUGAGGUGAUGUGGGACACGCGGCCAUUUAACGAUAAGACGCUGUGGCCGGAGGAUGGGCCACAGCCGUUUUUGUGGUCGACCAACGACAAGACCGGCUAUUCGCAACACGGCGACUACGUGUUUGGGUGGAAGGGCGAUGCCCUCCAGCGGGCGCUCGGCGCCAAGUGCACAGGCAACGUCUGCGACGUGCUCAAGACACAGACGGACGCCGAAGCCAUGAAGUGCACCAAGAAGCCGCAGUUCGAGGAGAGCCAGGACUGGAUCACCGAGUUGCCGGGUAUGGGAGGAAAGACGGCGUAG